UUGGCUUUAAGUUACAUUAUGUAAACUAUUUUGUUUAAUGUACAUUAUAUAAAUGUUACCUAUAUCCAUUAUAAUGUACAUUGUUUAAAUGUGCCACAUAUUCUCUUUAAUGCACAUAAUGUAUUAAUAUAGUGUAUAUUUGCUUUAAUGUAUGGUGUGAAAAUGUAUCCUAUAUUGUCUGGUGGCGGACCUGGUGUGGACCAGGAAGCUCUCGAGGACAAAGUGCGCAGUGAUCAGUGUCCGAGCCGCUGCCGCCAAACAAGGCGCUCUUUGUGCUGAGCAUCCUAGAAUACAAGGAAUGCUUUUCGCUGUACGACAAGAAGAGGAAAGGGAAGAUUGAGGCAAAGGAUCUGAUAACUGUCAUGCGCUGCUUGGGGACGAGUCCCACCUACAGCGAGGUCGACCGACAUUUGCAGGUCCACAAGAUAGAUAAGAAUGGAGAGCUGGACUUCUCUACCUUCCUGACCAUGAUGCAUAGGCAGACCCAGCAAGAGGAUCCCAAGACCGAGAUCCUGGAGGCCAUGCGCAUGACGGACAAGCAGAAGAAGGGUUACAUUCCGGCUUCAGAGCUGAGGGCCAAGCUCACUGGUCUAGGAGAGAAGUUGACCAACAAAGAAGUGGAUGAGCUGUUUCGCGAGGCCAAUGUGGGUCCCGACGGAUACGUGCGCUACGAGGAGUUCACCAGGAUGGUCACCCUGCCCCCCGUGGACUACUGAGGAGGAAGGGGCCUAAGCAGGUUCAUUUGUGGGUACCCCCCCCUCCCCAGUGGGAACACUGAUCAGAGGCACAAAAUCCCACCUGAGGACGCUGUGUAGAUUUCUGCUUGCUUUCUGCAUGUGAGCCACGUGUGAGUUCUCGACACGAUGCUCUGAACAGCUGUGCUGCUUCUUUGUCGAUUCCCUAUAGCAUUUUAAUAAAAGCUCUGAA